GUUUUCAAUUAACUUUUUGGGCGUAGUGAUAAUGUCCACCAUAUUGAUUAUCCGUAUCAAAUCUUAUAUAAAAAGCCUUAUUUCCUAGCCUUUCUUAUGCCCAACUCAAAUUAACACUUCAAUCACUCUGAUAGCCUAAUAAAAAAUGUUUAUGGUAGACUGGUUUCGCGAUGUUUUGACUACAUAUGGUCUCCUGGACAAGCAUGCUAAGCUUUUGUUCGUGGGGCUAGAUAAUUCAGGAAAAACUUCUCUUUUACAUAUGUUAAAGAAUGAAAAGGUGGGUGCUAUUCCACCUACACUUCACCCCAAUAUGGUAGAGUUAAAAGUAGGAAACAUCAUCUUUGCAACACACGAUAUGGGAGGUCAUCACCAAACGAGAUCAUUGUGGGAUCAGUACUCGUACGAUGUUUCGGGCGUUAUCUUCCUGGUGGACUCCGCUGAACCCAGUCGAUUUGAGGAAGCCAAGUACGAAUUGGACAGACUUUUAACAAAUCAAAAGUUGGAAGGCGUGCCAUUUUUAGUUCUUGGAAAUAAGGUUGAUUCAGUCAAGGCGGUUAGUGAGAAGGAACUUAGGGAGGGUUUGGGCUUUGAAUACACAACCGGAAAGGGAAUUGUUCCAAUUGCCAGCCCAGGUAGACCAAUGGAGCUAUUUAUGUGCUCAAUUUUACAUAGACAGGGCUAUGGUGACGGUAUUCGCUGGUUGUCACAAUAUGUAAAGUAA